AAUGGGUACCAGUAGAAUAGACAGCUAUAAAAAAUAUUAGAGGCAGCCAUUUUCCAUCAUACUUGCCCGACGCUGAUCAAUGUGUUUAGCAUUUAAAAAGCAAAACAUGAAACAAAACUGCUCAGUAUCGACUCAACUGUCCACAAAAAAGUUUGACAUUUACCACAGUGUUGUCAACCUACACAUAUUCACUUAGCUUACAGCUUCUUUUGUGUAGCUAUAGAUUUCAGCCCAAUCUCACUACAUACAUGUACAGACACAGUUGACUUCCAGGAGCUCUAGCUUACAACAUGGAAUCAAAUUACUGCAGAGUGACUUAUUACAUCGAGGAGGAGGAUGUUUCAGCGUGGAUUUAUCCUCCAGCAGACGACAUCAUUAUUACCAUCAUCUUACCAAUCUUAAUGGGUCUUGGUCUAAUCAGCAACUCUACUUUUCUUCUCAUCAUUUUCCGCAUCCCGAAAAUGAGAUCCGAUACUAACAUCAUCUUGGCACAUUUGGCAAUAUCUGACCUACUGUUCCUGGCCACUUCAGUACUACAGUAUAUGUGGAGCUAUUAUACCUCGAUAGUCAUCUAUAAUGAGCCCUACCAGAGCUCAGCUGGAUGUGUGAUUCAUGCUGGAUUGACAAAUAUUGGCUACUUUGCAGCUAUUCUGUUGGUAACAAUGGUGUCCUUUGAAAGAUACCUUGCAAUGUGUCAUCCUGUGAAACAUCUUAAGAUCCGUGGAAGGAAACGAACUAACAGACUUGUUGCUAUCUGCUGGGUUGUUGGGAUCGUAAUUUCUGCUUUGACAGUACCCUUGUGGGCUGAUUAUCAAACUGAUAUGUGCCUCCGAUGGCCUGAAAAUGACACUUACCAGGGAUUUCCUUCAACAAUGUCGUAUUGUCGCCCGUUAGCGCCUUGGAUAAUACACGUUGUCAUACCAUUGUUGAACUUUCCCUGGACCAUAUUAAUGGUUGCUAACGUUUUUAUGUUUGUUGGUAUCGUUCGGGCGUUGCACAACCGCGUUGGUGCCAACGUGGUAAAAGAUGAUCAGAAGGCACAACAAGUAAGGAACCAAGUUGCUAAGAUGCUGGUUGUGAAUGGUAUCAUUUUCUUCAUCUGUCAUAUCCCAUAUCGCGUGUUCAGUUUCAGUUGGUGGAUUUGUUACGUUGCCCAGAUCCCCAAUCCACUAGACCUUGUGUUUGGGGACACAUUGCAGAAGUGGAUCACAGCCCUUCCUCAGCUAAUCAACACUUGUAUAAAUCCAUUGAUAUACGGUGCGAUGAACUCGCAAUACCGUCUAGCAUUCAAACAGGUGUUUCUCUGCAAAGCAAAACAACGGCCUAGGUCUGUUUCUACAAUGAGUCGAACAGAGAUGACUGGUGUCUAAGAAUCAAAGUAUUAAUUUUAACGACAUCUUGUUGUAGAAAUUAUACAGUCCUCUUUUUUUAAUCAAAAAUCAGUGUUCAUAUUUACGUGUACCAUGUACAGUGCAAAAACUGGGGUGUUAAAUUGACACCAUGGGUGUUGCCACUGAUGCAUUUACUUUUUGAACCUUCAUCUUGUAUACAUGUACAUAGAGAUUAAUGAUUUUAAAGUUUCUGUGAUGUGUUUUGUAAGUAUUAGUAAUUUUAUAAUGAUUCCAACCGCAUGUGGUUGCAAAUAAAAAUGAACCUUACCUUACCUUAGAAAGAUACCAACAAAUGAACCAACAUUUACACCCUAGGGCGAUUAAAUAACAUAAACUUCUCUGGUAUAAGACAACACCUACAUGUACAUGGUGUCAAUUUUAACACUUCAUUCUUUGCAGUGUAGCAUAUAAAUGUUUUACAUCAACAUUUUGGGUAAAAUCUGUCGAACAUUGGGCCUACUUUAAAGUUAUAUUGAAAGUUUUAAAAUGUUAUUGUUAAAGGCACCGGAUGUUUGGUAAUU